AUGCUGCUGAUGGCACACUGGAAGCACAAGGCGGCGGCGUGUCGAUGGGGAGAACAUCGUAGUGCCGAGGCCGUGUGGCGCAGCGGGGUUUUGAUCCGAUCAAAGGUGCGGAGUGCGUCGAAGAUGCGAUGCGAUGUAUUGCCAAAGUAUUUGCCGGCGAGUGCCGUGGUUCUCAUUGUGAACACCCACAGCCCAGCAGCUCGGUACGCGCGCUCAGAGUUGGUGCCAGCAGUGUGGACGCCGACGACGGUGAGGACCAAGAUGGAUGCACUGGAGCGGCUGUUCCCACUCAAGAUGGAGCGCUUCCACAAGCCGCCGGUGCCACCGCACAUGGCCGUCGCCUUCGAGGCGACACGCUACCGUGAGCUGGCACCGGCGCUCAAGGACAACCAGGACGCCAUCAUGCAGCUGGCAUUCUUCUCAUCUUCCGACGCCAAGACGGCCAAGCGCGUCGCCACCAACUACCGCGAGUUCGUCCUUACCUCCGGGAAGACUGGUAAUGAGAAACUGGUAAUACAGUUAGACACGACUAACAAGGUACCACUGCUUAACAUGGCAGCGCUUGGACCAUCCUACUUCAGCCUGUCACCUGAAGAGGGCAUCCGGGAUUGUGAAUACUUCUUCCCACCAAAGGAAGAAACAUUUGAGGAAGAAGAAGAGGGUGCAGAGGAGGGCGCAGCCGCUGAAGAAGGCACAACUGCAGAAGAGGGUGCAGCGGCUGCACCAGAGGAAGGUGGAGUGCCGGCCGCAGAGGUGCCUGCAGGAGUGGAGCAGGAGGCAGCCCCAGCCCCUGCCGCAGACGCGGCUCCGGCAGCAGAGCCGAGCUCCGAGGCAGGCGAUGGCCCAGAGGCGGCAGCUGCCACUCCACAGGAGGAGGACCAAAAGGCUGAAGGGGAGGCACCGUCGGCCUAG